CCUCCUCCUCCUCGACCUCCCCUCCCUCUCAUGCACGGGAGGCCGUCGAGGCCAUUAGCUCCCUCGCCCCGCUCCCUCUUCUUCUUGGCCGCUGCCGCCGCCGCCGUCUUCUUGCUGCUGCCGGCGCGGUCGUCUUGCUGGUGGCUGGAGAGCACGGAGGAGGAGGGGGAGAUGGGGUUCGCCGGGGACUGCUCGCCGGUCAGCGGAGGCGGGCUCAGUGAAAACGGCAGGUUCAGUUAUGGGUAUGCGAGUGCUCCUGGAAAAAGAGCUUCAAUGGAGGAUUUCUAUGAGACAAGAAUCGAUGGUGUUGAUGGAGAGACUGUCGGAUUAUUUGGUGUAUUCGACGGUCAUGGUGGAGCUCGAGCGGCCGAAUAUGUCAAGCAGCACCUUUUCAGCAAUUUAAUUAAGCAUCCAAAGUUCAUCACUGAUACUAAAUCCGCUAUCGCUGAAACGUACAACCAUACAGAUUCAGAAUUUCUGAAAGCCGAAAGUAGUCACACUAGGGAUGCUGGCUCAACUGCCUCAACGGCUAUUCUUGUAGGCGAUCGCUUGUUGGUUGCAAAUGUUGGAGAUUCUAGAGCAGUUGUUUGUAGAGGCGGGGAUGCAAUUGCAGUUUCAAGGGAUCACAAACCUGAUCAGUCGGAUGAGAGACAGAGAAUUGAGGAUGCGGGGGGCUUUGUGAUGUGGGCUGGGACGUGGCGUGUUGGUGGUGUUCUUGCUGUUUCUCGAGCAUUUGGUGAUAAGCUCUUGAAGCAGUAUGUAGUUGCUGAUCCCGAGAUCAAGGAGGAGGUUGUCGAUAGCUCCCUCGAAUUCCUCAUCCUUGCUAGUGAUGGACUUUGGGAUGUCGUAACUAACAAGGAAGCCGUCGACAUGGUCAGGCCUAUUCAGGACCCCGAACAGGCGGCGAAGAGGCUUCUCCAGGAGGCGUACCAAAGGGGUAGUGCUGAUAACAUCACGGUUGUCAUUGUCCGCUUUUUGGAGGGAAGAACAACGACGACCGGUGAUGGACCGAGCAAGGAGGUUGCCAGUGACCAAAACUCAUAGUUGCUCCAGGCAGCAGCAUGGCUUCGUUUCUGUCUCUGUUGUAUCUGAUGCUCGCCGUAGAUGCUACCAUGGCGGCGCCACCCAUCCUGCUGCCAAGAACUGACCCGGCCUGAAUUUCGUCCUCGCUUUCAUGCUCCUGGCUGACCUAGAUGAUGGUGGUAAUGUAGGAGCAGAACGGCGAUGGGGGCUAGUGUUGUUACUCUAUGAUAUGAAUCCAAGGUGUACUGUGUCUUGUAUAACUUUCCAAUGUAGAUUCUAUGCUCGUGUUCCAUGCUAGGUUUUUUUUUUCCUUUUAGCAUCAAAAUGCAUGUAAUAGCAGUAACAUUGAAACGAUUUGAACGAAGUUGUACACUGCAGUAUGUAACGAAAUCUUUGCGUUUGUGUUGC